AUGCCUACCUUAUCACCAACUCCCAAGUCCAUGAAGGCAUGGACUAUUUCCCGCCGCGGCACUCCCCAGGAGGCUCUGAAAGCCGACCACCUGCCCGUGCGUACGGAUCUCAAGCCGAACGAAGUCUUGGUCAAGGUCUCCCAUGCCGCACUGAAUCCCUUUGGAUACAGAAUGAUGUGGGCGGUCCCUUCUUUCGUGCGAGUGAAACCUUCCGUUCCAGAAUUUGACUUCUCUGGACGUAGCGAAAAGCUGGGCAAAGACGCUGAAUCAGACUUCGUGUUGGGCGACGAUGUCUUCGGGAUGGUGACACCUUCUGAGGGCGUCAAACUCGGGAGUGGCGCUCUGGCUGAGUAUGUGGUGGUGGCGAGGGAUCACCUACGCCCCAAGCCCAGAUCCAUGUCGUUCGAAGCCGCCAGCGGUCUCGGUAAUGUGUUCAUGACAGCUGUUUCUCUCCUGGAGAAGAGUGGCUUGAAGAGCGGUGACCACGUCUUCAUCAAUGGUGGAAGCGGUGGUACGGGCUUGGUAUUGGUCUAG